GCUUUUGUCGUGAGCCAUGUAACAGUGUUUUGUUUUGAUUGUCAAUUAAGAAGUACUAAGCGUCGCGUUAUCUCGGCCUGAUAUACCUUGGAAAACGAUGGAAAAGUGGCUGAUAAGUCGUCAAAAGGUUGCUGAAGCGUCAGGCAAUACUGAACAGUCACCCGAUCAUGAUGUGUCCUCCUCUACCAGUACUCCGACACAAGAAAAAAGAAAACUUGAAAACAAGGAAUCGUCUCUGAAAAAAAGGAAAUAUGAUGGUAGUUAUAUUCAGUUUGGUUUUACAAACUCAGGAGACCCUGAUUCUCCAUUACCACAGUGUGUCGUUUGUGCAGAAACGCUGUCAAAUCAUUCGCUAAAGCCGUCUUUACUACGUCGCCAUUUAGAAACUAAACAUGCUAAUUUGAAAGACCAGUCGGUAUCCUUCUUUCAACAUAAAUUAAAAGAUCUCAAACAAAGACAAAAGUCUAUUGAGGCGCUUUCCCAAAACACGAAUGAAAACGCUCUACAAGCCUCUUUUAGAGUGAGUUAUUUAAUUGCUAAGCAAGCGAAACCUCACACUAUUGGGGAGAACCUUAUAUUGCCUGCAGCAAAAGAGAUAGUGAAAUGUAUGUUUGGAGAAAAAAUGGCACGUGAACUUGAUGUUAUUCCUAUGUCAAAUAACACUGUCUCUCGUCGUAUUGCAAACAUGUCAGAGAAUCUGAAAACUAACCAAAUAAAACGGAUUUUAGAAAGCGAUUACUUUGCCAUACAACUUGAUGAAUCCACAGACAUAACAAACUUGGCUCAACUUUUAACGUACGUUCGUUAUGUGCAUUCCAAAAAGUUUCAUGAAGAAUUCCUGUUUUGUCGUGCCCUUACGGUUCGCACUACCGGGGAGGAUAUAUUUAAUAUGGUCGACGGUUUUCUGAAAGAAAACCAAUUGGAUUGGUCAAAAUGUGUAGGAAUAUGUACUGAUGGUGCCAGAGCAAUGACUGGUCGUUUUUCAGGACUUGUAAAGCGGAUACAAGAUGUAGCCCCAGAAGCAAAAUGGACGCAUUGUGGAAUUCAUCGAGAGGCACUGGCUUGUAAAAAAAUUCCAGCCAGCUUAGAUAUUACUCUUAAAAAUGCUGUAAAAAUUGUCAACUUAAUCAAGGCCCGUGCCACAAACUCUAGAAUUUUCGCAGCUAUUUGCAAAGAGCUUGGCAGUGAACACGAGACUCUGUUGUUACAUACUGAAGUGCGUUGGCUGUCCAGAGGAAGAGUUGUUUCGAGAAUGUUUGAGCUGAGACAUGAAAUUGAGUUAUUUUUGGUCGAACAGCGACACGAUGAGUACAAACAGAUGCUGAUUGACCCUGUGUGGCUGCAAAAAUUGGCUUACUUGUCAGAUAUCUUUACAAAAUUAAAUGAGUUGAAUUUGGGACUACAAGGCCGUGAUACAACCAUAUUCACUAUGCAGGAGAAAGUUGAGUCCACAAUAAAAAAAAUAUCCCUCUGGACAUCUUUAAUUGACAAGUGUAAAUAUGACCAGUUUCCGAAUCUUAAACUUUUUUUGGAUACAACUUCUUCGACAGUAAAUGAAGAUUUAAAAUCAGACAUAAAAUGCCACUUGCAAAAUCUGUCGACGGCUUUACGCAGUUACUUCCCAGAAAUAUCGCCGCAAUGGAACUGGAUAAACAAUCCUUUUGUGAACCAUUCCGUCGACCACCUACCCAUCUCUGAUCAAGAGGAAUUAAUAGACAUCUCAUGCAACAACAGACUCAAGAGUUGUUUUGCAGAGCAAUCACUGGGUGACUUUUGGGCUAAUUUAAAAGAUAUUUAUCAUAUCAGUGAAUCAGCAAUAAAAUAUUUACUGCCAUUUUGCACGACUUACCUUUGUGAAAGCGGAUUUUCGGCCAUGACGAACUUAAAAACUAAACAUCGUCACAGACUUCAUCUUGAACAUGAUUUAAGACUGAAACUGACUGAAGUACAGCCAGAUUUUCAAGAGCUGUGCAAAGAAAAACGUGCACAUUUGUCACAUUAGCGUCU